UGCUUUAUCAGGGGAUUGUACACACUUCGUUUUGAUUCAGAAAAGAGUCAGGUUUAUAAAAGUAAGAAUUUAUUUUACCAACAAUUAAAACAUGACAAGUUAACUAACAUUUACUGUGAGUGGAUGGAACUAGAUGUGAUGUAUGAAACCUAUGUGUGAAUGAGAUGUUAGUCAGAACUUCUGUAUCUGUGAAAGCCGAGUUCUGGAUGUAAAAGAAUUUGAUUUGCAUUAAGCUAUGAAGUUGAUUAUUAUCAAAAGCACAUCGGACGCUAUCUGUGUGUCUACUUCACCCGUUUUCGGAGACCCUCUUGGUGGAUCCGAAGGUCAGAGAGGUCGGAUGACCUCUGGCACCGAAGGGCUGUAGAAUACCGUGGCACCGACUCUUCAGUCCAGAGAUGUCUCGGGUCACGACAGACGGAUGGAACCGCGCAUCUGGGACUCUUUAAGGAGUCUAAACAAUAUCAGCUUGUUCUGCAGGAACUGUUCGCUGUAUCCAAGGGCGUCAGUUUGUUUUCAGAAUUGCUGGGGACAAUAACCAUACACUUGAGUGGGGUUUAAAAAUUGCUGGGGACAAUAAAGUAGGCUAGCACAGGGGUCGGCACCCCGCGGCUCUGGAGCCGCAUGCGGCUCCUCCAUCCAUCUGAUGCGGCUCUCUGUGCUUUUAAAAUAAUGAAUGGAUAUUUAAAUAAAAUGCUUUAUAUUUUACUGCAUUAAUUUUACAUCUGUAUGCCAAUUCUAAAUGUAAAGAUUGUCUGCGUAAACCUGAACAGGUCCAACCCAGUCUUACUGUGAGACCGGGUUGACGCGUCACGCUUGUGCGUAAUCAUAUGCGCUUCUGAGCUGCUUUCUGACCUUCCCCACCUACAAAGUUUAAUUACAACAAUCAAACGUGACAGAGCCCGGAUUUGUAUUCUGAACAGUCUAAACAUGUUUUAAAAAGAAUCGCGUGACAAAAGUGGCACCUGCUCAGUAAAACCACCAACAGGGUGAAAAAUAUCAAAAUAUUGUCGGCAGAGAGGGGCUACAACUUCUGGAUCCACUUUAUAUAAAUCGUUUUAUUGAUUAUCUUCUUACGAAAGAUAACUUUGACGUACACGAGCGACCAGGCGCGUUGCAAACUUUUCAAAAGUGUGGGGGAUAUUGUCUGUGCCUAAAAUAAGUUCAUGCUAUUCAUCUUGUUAGUUUAAUUUCCAUAAUAGCGGAGCAGGUGCGAAUUUUAGACGCGUCACACAUGUCUCCGUUUUAAACAUGUUUAAACUGUUCAGAAUCCAAAUCCAGGCUCUGUCUCAUUAGAUUGGUAUAACUAAAGUUUGUACUGAAUGAAACUUUACAUUAAACCAUGUUGAAAAGAAAAGGAUCCGAUUAAAUCGUUUCCCCCUCAUUUACAGUCAGUACAGUGCAGUACGCGUGGCUCUGGGGUUAAUCAAGUUUAGUUGUUUCUCUUUGCAACAAUCUUCACAGGAAGGCAAAACAGUUAAAUGACAGGUUACAGAUAUUUCCAUUUGACUGUUUAUUUUGACGGAUAAACUCAAGGAUGUUCGUUGAUUUCCUCCCACUGAAGCGGUCUGGAAACCCGGUCUCUCUGAGGGAUGUGUCACUUGGAAAAAUGUUAUUUUUAUGAAAUUAUGAAAGUUUGGCUGAACAGCGCUUGUUCCCGUCUCCAAUAUGGAGACGCAUGACGCAUCCAGUCGCCUCUUCAGCUCAGAAAGCACCCGUAGAGACAUUUGAUCACGCACAAAGUUUAUGUGGAGCAGAAGCGGUCGGGCCACGGCAGGUGAAACGUUCCUAGCCUGCAUGAAGUGAAACUGUUUAAUUGUAACAUUAAUAUGUUACUGGACACGCUGGUCUGGUUGGUUAGACCAGUGUUUGAAGUGGAACACACACACACACACACACACACACACACACACACACACACACACACACACACACACACACACCAGGUAAAAUAAUGCUGAUAGCAUGGACUAGAAGCCAGGUGAUGGUUUAUGUAUUUAAAUGAUGAUCAGGCUGCUGUAAAAUGUAAUCUCCAUCCACAUCCAGACAGAAUUAUCCUCUAUUCUUUCUCUAGUUGCUCUGCUCUUGUCUGGGCUGACGUAGCUGACGGUGCGCGCGGCACACCUAACUAGCGGCUGAUGCACAUUUUACGCAUUUGGAGAGGUGGGCUGGAUGCUUUGCGUUUACUGGAAGAUGGUCCACUUAACGCACGGGUGUAGACUACAUAUUAAUGACAAAUGAAUGAAAAUUAAAUUGGGAGUUUUUACUUCAUAUUUUAUAAAUAAAAAUGACGGGGGAACACAUUUAUGACGUCUUUUUAAACUAAAUUUUCUAGCGCGACCUGCCUGCUUCACUAAGUCACUGCUUAUUAAGGUCCGUCCAAAAUUACUGUGGCCCACCCAAAAAUGAAAACCUGGCGCCGCGCCUAUUAUAAUCCUCUGCAAAUGGUUGUUCUUCACGUUAUCAAACUCAGACUUUGUACAGCUAAUGUCAAGAUGUAAAAUUAUUCAGUCGAGCUCUUCCGUCCCUCCAUCUCCUGCUCUCCUGGAAACCCGACAUCGGCUGUCAGAAGCGGAGGUGAAGAAGGAGAUGAGGCAAACAGAGUGAGUGUGACGUAAAGAAACCAGACUGGUGUGGAGGCGAGCAAAAUAGCUGGAAAAGUGUGGGUGUUGAAUCCCCCACGGAUGCGACGCCCAUGGUACCGGCUGCUGUCACCCGUUGUGAGCAGCGCUCUGCUGUCUGAGGGUAGGCCCCGCCCACAACGAUGCGACUGCUGCGGUGUUUUCUUUACUGUGGGAAACGGGUAAUAAUGGCUCUUUGAUGGGAACAGGUUGCCGACCCCUGGUAAAAGAUCUGAGCUGGUAAAACAAAAAUCCUCAUCAGCAGGCUUUUUUGAAAGUGGGGGGGACACAGCUGCCAAUUACAAAUUUUGCCGGGGACAUGUCCCCGGUGUCCCCGGUAAAAUGACGCCUAUGGCUGUAUCAGCUUCGCAGGUGCAAAAUGAUUUUGAUGACGUGUCAAAAGCUUUGAUGGUUAAAGAGGUCUGAAGCUUUCUCUAGAACUGAUGAAUCACCAGAAUGAUACAGUUUUAAUGUUCUCAUGUUAUGAUUUGUGUAGCCAACCAGAGGUUGACAAGUUGAGGAACAUUAUCAAGACAACUCAGAAACACGCCUUCUUUGAUCCGGAGGCUCUGAUCUGGGGUAAAGGACUAUUUAUCUGUCAUGAGUUUAACUUAACCUUACUUUGUUCUUGUGUGAGUGCAAGUGGUGAUGACCUUGUCAUAUAAACAUGCUGAAACAUAUUUCAAUCACUGUAAUCAUAACAUAACAUUCAUUUCAAACUUCAGUCAUUAAGCACAGAUAAUGAAACAUUUCAUUAUAUUAUAAUUAUUAUAAGUAGCAAUAAACAAACAUUUAUUUAAUGAUUAUCUAGCUUAUAAGUUGUAGAAGUUCAUAUUUAAUUUAAGAAAUCAUUCUUUGAUUUAGUAACCGAUCCGUGCUGCGAGUGUUCCUUAUUUGGAGGCAUGAAGAAUCCUGUAGGACGAUAAGGGAAGCUUGAACCUUGAGGAGAGAACAUUAUUGUUGACAAUUCAUCAUCAUGUGUUCAGAGCUGCAGAGAGGCUCUGAGCUCCAGCUGAUGGGAUGAAGGCAGGCUGAUUUAAAGUCUUGUGUCUCCAUUGUGACCAGAUGAUGAAUGGUCAAACUGUACCUAAAACUGACCUUUGUUGGACAUUACAACCAGUAGGGCAGAGGAGCAGGAAACUGCUCUGCGUUAAUUUAAAAUAAAUUUUAGUUUUCACCCACCUCACAGGAUAACAGGUAAUUACAGAUUAAAAAUAUGUUAGUGUGUUUAUCAUAACAUCGUUAAUACAUUUAUAUUUCCAUGUACACGUUCAUGGCACUCUUAGUCCGAUCUGACAAAGUAAGCUUUAUCUCAAAGGGAGUCUAAAUCCAAUGAAAAAAAAGGAAGAAAAGAAUGAUUGUAUUGAUUUUUAAGUUAUUUAAUUAUUUGUGCUGUUAUGUAGAAAGCAGUGACUGUCAGGAGAGCAUUUGCAUCCCCAGCUCUGUAAAUGAACAUUUGAGAAGGGACUUAAUGGGACAUGAUAGAUGAGCUGUCCCACCUGCAGUGUUUUUUAAGAAAAGAAAUGAUAAAUGACCCGCACUUGUAUAGCGCCUCUCAGAGUAAGGACUCCAAAGCGCUUUACACUACAGUGUAUCAUUCAUCCAUUCACACACUCAUUCACACACUGGUGGGGAUGAGCUACGAUGUAGCCACAGCUGCCCUGGGGCGCACUGACAGAGGCGAGGCUGCCGAGCACAGGCCCCACCGGUCCCUCUGACCACCACCAGCAGACAAGGUGGGUUAAGUGUCUUGCCCAAGGACACAACAGCAGAAAUCUUUGUCCGGAGCCGGGAUUGAACCUGCAACCUUCCAAUUACUGGACAACCCACUCAGCUUGAGCUACUGCUGCCCCUGUGGCUCCUGUGUGCAAUCAUGACAUCACCGUGCUUCAGUCACUCAUUAAUCUGCACAAGAAAAUUCCUGUGACACCUUCAAAAGCAUCUGUGAUGCAGGUGUGUGCUUGCUUCCUGUCUGCUUUCAAUGAAAAAGAGCUUUGCAUUUGGUCAUUGGUCAUAACAGACAUGCCUGUCUGUGGAUGGGGUGAAGGAGGAUGUGAGUUUAUUUUGUGAGGGUAGAGGAUGCAUAAGCUGGAACUAAAUGAAGACAGAUGAUUCAUUCAUUUAUUUAAAACACCUUACUGCCACCAGUCAAGGCUGCCUGAAGUGCAGUACAUGAUACAAUCAUAGAUUAUACACGCUGAAUGAUUUGCUGUGGCAACCCUUGAAGGAAAAAGCCGAAUGGAUAAACGUUUAUGCACCUGCACAUUUACAGAAAAACAUUAUGUAUUUUGUUAUGAGCAUGUUUGGCUAACAGCAACACAAAAGCAUACAUGCCAAUACUGAGUUUUUAUGUAGAAGAUAAUGAAAGUUCUCUGCCAGGAUUUAAGCAGUAAUCUGGUGUUAUUUUUUUUAGAAAUCCAUAAAAGUUAUAGUCUUACCUUGAACUGUGAUAUAAUUUAUGCAAUACGCCAAGUUCUUGCAGUUCGUGCAGCUUCACCCUGUUUGGUUCUGACCCAGGACUCUACCAGCUGACUGCUUCCUAAGGAUCUGAGAGCGCUGCUGAGUGUAUGUACAGGAAAGAGAUCUGACAUGUAUUCUGUCCCCAUGUCUUUGAGUGAUUUAUAAACUAGUAGAAGUACUUUGAAAUUGAUUCUGUAGUUUACUGGUAACCAGUGUAGAGAUUUAAGAACAGGAGUGAUGUGCUCGGUUCUCUUGGUUCUUGUUAAGACUCUAGCAGCAGCAUUCAGGAUAAGCUGCAGCUGCUUCACAGCUUUUAUGGGAAGACCAGUCACAAGACCAUUGCAAUAUUCCAGCCUGCAAUUGACUUUGAUUUUAUCUGAAUGUGGACUGGACCUAAUUCCAUUUUUGGUUCUUUUUUAAAACACAGAAAAGGUUUCUUUUUACUUUGCUUGCUGACAGUUUCGUUCGCGGCUGCAAACUUCCUCAGAGCUGACGCUGAUGGUGACGUCACUUCCUACUCCGUUUAUCCGCGGGCAGCAGAUACGAAUGAAACUGUCAGCAAGCAAGGUACAAAGAAACAUUUUCUGUGUUUUAAAAAAGAACCAAAAAUGGAAUUAGAAAUCAGACACAGCAAGAACGUACCAAAGAUGUGGACUAGACCUGUCAGAAGUAAUCUGUUAUUUCUCUACACUGUGGUUGUUCAAAGAGCUAUCUGCAGGAGACUUUAAUUUGUUUAGAACAUUUACACAGAAAUCCAUUUUAAAAGAUCUGAACCAUAGCUUUGAUCUAUGUUGUUGUAUGGGAAACAUGACUUAAAGAAGUAAAUGCAUUCAUGUUUUGCUUCAAAUUUUACUUUUAAAAAAUACACCACCUUAAAUCCUUGACUGUGUUUGGCCAUGUGAUGUUAUUCCACUCAACGUACACAAAUAACAUAUAAGAUGAAGAAUCUGGGUUGACUUAAAGACCCGAGUCAUAGUGGUGGUAAUAUGUUUUUUUUUUUUGGAGUUAUUCUCAGUUAUCCUUUGUUGAAACAUACCCUCUUCUCAUUUGUUAACUUCUAGACAGAUUUCCCUUUAUUUGUAUUAAGGGAUGCAUCUUUUGCCAAUUUGCCCUGUCGUCCUCCACUAGCACAUUCUUCUCCAUUGUCCAUAUUAGUAUUCAGACCCUUAAUUCAGGACUGGUUUGGAGCCCCUUUGGCAGCAAUUACAGAUUCUCCUCUUCUCAGGGACGUCUCUACAGGCUUUGCACAUCUGGAUUUGCAGCAUUUCAUCCCAAUCUUCCCAGCAGAUCCUGCCAAACGCUGUCAGAAUGGAGGGAGAAAAAACAAAAAUCUGUUAACUGCCAACCUGAGGUACGGUAUGUUCACAGAGGUUUUGACUGAGCUGCUCAAGGACAGACAUUGAAUGACCCGAGGCCGUUGCGCUUUAGUUGGCUUUAUGCUUUGGGUAUUUGCUUUGUGUGAAUCUAAACCUUAUCCUACUUAACUCUGAUGAGCCAACCUUUACCUUGGAGGUCUGCACAAAUGGCUAAAGGUCUUUCUCGUCAGAAGAGAGAAUCGUUUUUCUCAUCCUCUCAGGGUAUUUUAAAUGCUAUUAAGCAGAAUCUGUUUCCUUUCUUCAUGCUGACAUAAGCCUUACAGUUGAGUUUGUGCUGUGUCGACGAUCUUUAGGACUUCUGAAGCCAUGUUAGGGUAAACGAUGGGUCCCAGCUCACCUCUUCUUUUGCUUGAUUACUCGUUUUGGCUGAAUGAGCAACUCUACGUUGAAAAUAGGCCACUGGGGCACCUGAGAAGCUCAGAUUUAGAAAAGCUGCCAUAAAUAGAUCUGGCUCUUCUGGUAAGGUGGUUAGAGGUCUUGUUAUUUCUUGGGUUUGGUUUGAAAGAAUAAUGACUUACUUAGAGUGAGGACAUGUUUGUAUGUUGUUAUUUUGUUACUGGCACAUUGUCUUGAACAGCUUGAUAAAUGAGAUGACAUUAAAAACAGCUUCAAAUCUUACUCUAAAAUCUGUCCUUUGGUUUUCUUUGCAAAAAUAGAGAUCUAUUCAACAAAACAUCACACGCCAUGCCUGAGACACCUUGUUCUUAUCUCUAUAUGACUUUUGAACAGAACGAGACAUCAGGGGGGCUGAAGACUGACCUUUGAGCUGCCAUCCAAGGUAGUGACUGUGCUGCAAGCCGGCCUCACUGUCUCAUGGUGUGAUAGAAUGACAGCCAGCCAUGGGAUUUAGAAUAGGACUCCACAUCAACACCAUUGAUUUACACUCCCUGCCUGCUUUGGUCCAGCAAUGGCAGUUUCAGCGAUGAAAGCUCAAGUCUACGUGAGACGCUGCUGGAUUGAUUGGUGAUUUACAGUCAGAGGCAACUUAAAGAGAGGAUCUCUCUAGUAGCUCAUUAGGGGCAGUGUCAAUGGCAAAUUGGCAAAACAAGCAAACUUACAACAGUUUUUCAUGCCUCUAAACAACAUUCUAACAUAUUAUAGCAAUAAAUCUAUUGUGGAGAUAGAAAAUGAAACCAAAAAAAUAAUAAAGUGGUCCUCUCGCGUUUGUCUUAAAACUUCAGCCAAUAACUUGUAUUGUCCAAAAGCAACAACUGGACCAUCCGGUUGUUGGUCUCGCAGAGCCAUCACAUUUCCCUGGGUCCUCCAGUCAUUACACACUCGUGUAUUUAGUCAGAGGUUCUCCGCUGACCGUGCUUGUGUUCAACAGCUAGUCUGUUUGCAGAUUUGCUGUUGCAGCUAAAAGAACAAGAAUCAGGGCCAAACAGAUCAUAGGGUGAGCAUUUACCCUACAAUAGUCUAAUGAGCUUGAAAGAAAAGUGUCUGGACUUUUUUGAGUUGCUUGAAGACGUCCAGACGCUUUUCUUUCAAGCUCAAUAGACUACAAUGACCUGGAUGACUGAGAACCUUCACAGACAUACUUACCCUACAAUAAUUUCCCAGUAGUUAAGAAGCACUUUAGAUGUUUUAGUUACCUGGAAGUAUAGAGGCCCAUUUGGGCUCUACAUUAAAUAAUAAAACAUAAAUGGACAAAGCCCUCCGGCCCUCAUCUGCAUUUAUUUAAUCAAUUUUUUUGUUGUUUUGACUACAUUAUCAGAGAGCUUGCCUAAAGCCUGCAAACAAAACAAUUCCAAUGAAGAAAAUCACUUUGAGAAGAACGGCUGUGUCCACAUCCAGGGGUACCACCUUCCAAGUUCACAUUUUAGGGUGGUUACAUUAGAGCAAAGCAAAAAAGCUGUUAAAAUAUAAAAGAUACUGAAAAUUUGUUCUCCUUUUCCAUGAAUUCCAUGACAGGUAUUGCAUAUCCCCACUGGUACAGGCUAUCCCAGGACAGGGUAUAAUGCCAGAUGAAGCAUGAGAGAAUAUAAAUGUUAGUAUAGUAAUAUCUGGUGGAAAAAAUAAAUGCAUACAUAGAUGCUUUGCAAUAUUUUCAUAUUUUUUAAUGAUUUUAUUGAGCCAGUAUGUGGUAACAUGACCCUUUACAGCAGGGGUGCCCAAUCCUGGUCUUGGAAGGCAGGUAUCCAGCUCGUUUUAGUGGUUUCUCUGCUCCACCAUAUUUGAUUCAGUGGUUGAAUCACCUGUUCAGCAGCUCAUCAGGCUCAUCAGAAGCUUGUUAAUCACCUGCUAAUUGAAAUCAGGUGUGUUGAAGCCGGGUUAAAACCAAAAUGUGCUGGAUACCGGCCCUCCAGGAUUGGGCAUCCCUGCUUUACAAGCUGAAAGGCCACCCAGCCCCAAUUGCCCCCUAUGGCCAGGAUAUCUUAUUUGCAACUUCACAUUUGCUGGCCCACUCUGUUGGAAAAUUGAGCUGACACACCAGGCUGCAGUCAGGUUCCAGCAUGUUUCCUGCAUGUUUUAUAUCAUGAACACAGCUGAUUGUUUAAUUUAGUGAUGAAUCAACCCUCUAGACACUAAGGAAGGCUGGGAGACAUUUCAGCUGUUAGAUUAAGGUGUUAAAAAGAUGAACACACAGUGAGGAGAUAGGUCACUAGGGGGUGCCAAAAGCAAGCCAAAACUGCUUAGUCUCCCUUUAAAAGUGGUCGUGUUGUGUCUGUGAAAGGGGGUUGUACCCUCUCAGAGAUGGAUGGAUUUACAGUGAUGCAGACAGCCAGAAAAUUGGUGGACUUAAAAAAAGUCCUGGUACGCUGAUUACCAACACACUUAAAGCACUGGUUACGGGUUUCUGAAGGUUCUCAAACUGGUAUUGAGGUCGAAGUUGCAGAGAAACCUGUAAGUAUAUACAGUAUUUUAAAUCAAAGCAAAUAUUUUUUACAAACACAAAUAUUAGAGGGUCUGGUUUCCAAAUGUGUUAGAACUUUUUUCUUGUAGUCUUUUUCAAUCUUGGUUCAGCAUAUUUUAACUCUUUAGCUCCUAUCUUUUUUUCCAUCUUGUCCGGUCAUUUAAUUUUAGCUCCUACUUGUGCAAAGCCUUCAUUUCGUUUUUCUCUUAAUUUUCUUAUUGCCUUCAUCCCACCGUUCCUUAACAUUAAUAUUUUUUUCUGUGGAAAUCACUCAGUGAUAAAUGUUGCUUGUGUAAGGAAAAUGAGAGGUUCUUAAAUUUUAUUUAAUGAGCCGGAAGGCGUGAGAUUCCAUAGCAAAUAUAAAAUCCACCUUAGUGAUCGAGGGUUAUUUAAACCAGAAGAUUGGAUCUUUUUAAUGCAGAGAUUAUGUAACCGUUACGUAUUCACUCAGAGACGACAGAAUAGAGGGAGCCAAGUUUAAAAGUUAAGAAUUUUAUUACUAACAAAUUAAACUAGGCUGACUUCAAAACUAAAUGUAUAGUGUAACUAAAAAUGGAUGAUGCGGUGAAUGGAUGACAUGUCAUGUAAAUCAGAUCCAGCAAAUCCAAAGAAGUGAUUAGUUCUGACGGGAACUGAAGAUGUUGUUUUGAAUUAAGCUUUGGUUAGUUUCAGAAACAGCAUGAGACCCCAUCAUGUUGUGUCUACCUUUGCCUUCGGUGGAAGUCCUCUGUCGAUCAGGAAAAUCGAGGUCCAGUGAACCCUCUCUGGAAACUGAGCUGGUAGAAGAAGCCGCGGUUCCAAUCAAACCCGUCUCGAGUUACUUCCGGCACACGACACUUUACUGGCGUCUGGUCAGACCCAAGCCUAGGUCGGUGGAGCUUUUAUUCUGAAAGGAGCUGUUGUUGCCGCUUGUUGUUAUGGCGACUGGAUUUUCAGCUUGUCGUGGUUCUUUCGGUUAAAGAGUACAAGGUCAGGAUUGGCCACUCCGACGCUUGCUCUGGAACGCAUUGAACUGGCGUUAGAGCUGAUGUGGCAUCGUUUUAUACCUCAGAUGUUAUGGUUUAUUGUCAAAUGAAAAUUACCAACCACCGUGAGAAGCACGCCUCCGUCAGAUCUGUAAGAUUCUUAUUGGAUCAGUUAAAACAAUGUGUUAUGUCUUUUUAACACUACGUGAAAUGAGUCCUGUUGGAAUCCUUAAAGUCACAGACUUAUCAUUUCUAAGAUCAUAACAAAGUCAUUAAUAUUUUUAUUUCACAGUCGGUCACAUCUUAUUAUUGACUAACACUUUGAUGGAUUAGCUUUAUUAAAAUAGAGCUCUUUGAUUAAUUAAAAGAAAAAAGUUAAUUCUUCGUUCUUCUGUCUUCAUUGCUGGAACGUAAACAGUUUAGAAGUGAAUGCAUGACCUUGAGGCUGUUUCAUGCACACUGACACUGUGUCAAAAGGAAACAGUUGUUAGAGGUUAGAAAUGGCUCCUUCAUCACGUUACACUUGUGACUGUACUUGCUCUACAGUCUUCCUCUGUUUGUAGAAUCUCUGUUCGUACUGAGGACUGUUCUACUCGUUUUGUUAGAGCUUCAUCCUCUCCCGGUUUUCUUCUUUUCCUUUCAUCUAACUGUAAAUCCAAAUUUGAUUCUCUUGUUCAUCCUGUUGUUUUUAACUUCACUUUGUGUUUUCUUCUUCGAUGUCUACAUGCCUCUAGUCCUCCCCUUCAUUCGUGUUUUUCUAAUCCCUAUUGUUCUUCAUCCCUCCUUUGCUUCUCUCCUUCCUCCCCCCGGCUUACGUUCUGUCAAAACUCAUCCCCCACAGUGAUUUAACUCCACCAAAGAGUUCCCACAUCCUCCUUGCUUUGACGAAGACACCCUUGCAUCACUUUCUUCCAAUUUCCAUUGGUCCUCUUUUUCUCCUUUCAUCCACAUCACUAUCCUUCUCUUCUUAUUUCUUCAUCACUGCCUUUUUCAUGCAUCCUCUUCUUUCUUCUGCUUUUCUGUUACGCACGCACACACACACACACACACACACACACACACACACACACACACACACACACACACACACACACACACACACACACACACACACACACACACAGUCUCUGGGUAGUCCUCCUUUGAAGGUGAUGUGCAGAAGGGGAUUUGUCUGUUCCACUAGUGUCUGACAGUUUGACACACACGUACACACUCCAGCUACCAUGUAUGCUUCCGAGCCCACUUUACCUGCUGAAAUUCUGUUUAGCUUGUCAUUUUAUCAACGUCACCACUCCUCCACCUUCUCCCUUGAACUUCCCAAACACUCUGCGUCUCACACUCAUUAAAGAGCCUAAAGCCUAGUUUACACUUCUCCGUCUGUGUCGGGACGGAGACAUGUAAAACCAUUAUGCGUUGAAGCAAGAGCUCUCCGACAGAUUUGCAGAAGAAGUUGGAGACAUGCCCCAGUUUUUAACAAUCCGUCAAAAGAGACGGAGAACCGCAAACUUGUGAUUGGUCAGGAUGCUGCUUCCUGUAAAUUUGUCAAUGUCCUUGCCUCUUCAAAAAGUAUAGAGGUAUUUAGCGGCAGACACAGAGCAUAUUGAAGAAUACACUGUGGAAAAGUCUGGAAAUAUGAAUGUUUACUCACCUGUGGCUGAAGGAGUACAAAGAUGUGCAGCAAGUGUUUUAAUAGUGGACGGAAACGAUGAGAAACAUGAGUUUAGAGGUGCCGAUCGCAUGUAGAGGUGGAGGGGAACAAGGGACAAAUCUGUCAGUGUUCAAAAGCAUUAAAACAAUGUAAACACAAUAGUAGAUACACUAUCGUGGACCGGAUAGGUGGCUGUAAUAGUGGCAGGAUACUUCUGAAUGGCGCUAUGCCCUCUGUUGUACUGGCGGGGAUUUGUGUUGCAACAAUCCCCAGCUGACAGGGAAGUCUGAAAGCAAACCACCUCUGUCAACCCAUGUGCGUCUCUCCCUCGAGGAGCUGAUGGAGAAGUAUAAAUUAGGCUUUAAUGUGCAAUAAAGGGCGCUAAACCUGCGAGGUUAGAAAUCCCCACCUCCCACUGAGAGCCUGCCAGACUGUACUCGGGGUAGCAUCUUUCCCUCUAAACUGUGUUGAUAAAACUCCUCUAGCUCAGGAGAGGCUAUUAAUCAAAGAUAAUUAACCUUUGAUGAUGUCACCAGCACACACUGAUGCACAGAUAAAUUUACUGGGACCAUCUCAGCAUGAAGUGCUGUGCAAUUAGCUUUUGCAUUGAUUUCUUUGUCAUAGCUGAGAUUUUUUGUAAUAAGAAUAGGGGUAUUGGGGGAAAGACCUGAUUUUAUUAAAGAUGUCAGGAAGAACCAGUCAGAAUGUGAAGAACUGCUGAACAAGUGGUUUCACUGUGUAGAAAUUCUUCAUGUACAGCUGAAAUGCCGAGUCCCUGUGAUCGGCAAGCUGCAGGUGGCGAGUAAUGGACUAAAGUCUAGAGUUAUACAUCUAGAAUUUCUGCCAAGGGAGACGAGACAGACUGAUGAGAACCACCAAGUGAUUAACCAGUUGCAUCUCCUUUAAGAAAGAAAGACAGAAAGAAAGAAAGAAAGAAAGAAAGAAAGAAAGAAAGAAAGAAAGAAAGAAAACAAUAGCGCCUCUCAAGAUAAAAAGCAUGAGGCUUUACACUAAAACAAAAAAUUUUAAAUAUAAAAAAUAAUUUGUUUUCAUUAUUUAAAAAAUACAUUUUAAAUGACAAAAAUUUUAAUUGAGUUUACAAAUGUAAGGAAGGGGAGGGAAAAAUGAAUAGCAAAGAGGGAAAUUGGUGGAUCCUGGGAAAGGUGGAAUAGGUAGGAGCAGAAUAAGGAGAGAGAGGUGAUGAAGGUCACACCAAAACCAGCCUGAACAGGUGAGUUUCUGCUGCUUUUUAAAGGACUCCACUGAGCCCAUUGAUCUAAGGCUCAAGGGGAGAAAGUUCCAGUGUCUGGGGACCACAGCAGGAGAUGAUCUGACACCUUAUUAUGUGAAGUGCCUUGAGAUGAUUCUUGUCGUGAUUUGCCGCUAUAUAAAUAAACUUGAAUUGAAUUGAACCUUUGGUCUUUAUGUAUUCCAUCCAUCCAUCCUUUUUAAACCCCUUAUCCAGAAUCGGGUCAUGGGGCCAACAGCCUAAUGGUUGGUUUAUGCUUGACGGGUCCGCAAGGUCCGCACGGCUCCGCGCGGAAAAGUUGCGUCAUUUUGCGACAUUUUAACAACCACGCCCCUCCACCGCGUCUCCGCAUGGCUCAAAAUUUCCGCAACGCGCACCUUGGAAAUUUUCUAACCACGUGGAUGGUCGGACACAGAAAAACAUGGUGGACCGGCAAGAACUGGUAUGGCAGAGGUUCGUAAAUACAGACAUUUGUAUGAUUCAGCUCUCAGAGAUCACCGUGAUCAACAUCUUAUUAAUAAUUCUUGGAGAGAAAUAGCUCGCACUGUCGGAAAAGACGAGGACGCUGUUAAAAAUGCUGGAAUGCCAUGUUGUAAUCAGUAAUUUCUACUUCUACUAUGGUGUAGUGUUGCAUGCAUGCCGUAGAGCUCCAUGCUGCCCCGUUCAGUUUGGGAGAAUAUUGGCUCACCGCAGAGACAAGCCGCACGUACCAUAAACGCUGCAAGUUGUGAAGCGCGUUCCAUCCGCGAGCCGCAUCACCGCGUGGAAAGUGAAUGCGUCAAGCAUAAACCAAGCUUAAGUUGAGAGGCCCAGACCACACCUGUUUGGAAUCACUCACUCAUCAUCUUACCUGCAGAUCCUUAUAGGGAUGUGGGAAGCUGGAGUACACCAGUAGUCACUGGGUGAGAGAUGGGGGGGGGGCACCCGGGACAAGUCUCAAAUACCCGAAUCAAGUUUCCUUUUCUCUGCUUCCUUUCUAUACUGAUAAAAAAUACUCAUCUGAUCUGACUCAGACAUCCCUGCACAUUUUGCCAUCAUACUUAAUAAAUUGCUCAUUUGGGAUUAUUUUUAUUGCUUUUCCUGCCAAGCUGCACAACCAUAGAGCAAAAUAAUUUCAUGAAACCGUAAAAUGCUUGGGGAAAAAGGUCUUUGUGUUCUGGCAACCAUUCCUGGAUGGGUUACAUUUUAAUAAGGCUUACAAUCUUAACAUAAGGCUAUGGGUUUGUUUUAACUGAAGCGCUGGAUUAAAGGGUUUAGCUAUCUAGCCUUACUUUGUCUUGUCUUAAACAUCUAACAAACAGCUGGAAAUCUUAUGAAAUGUUCCGUUUCCCUCCGCAGAACUGAGUGCGUGAGGCGAGCAAAGCCCCAAUGACUAAAAAUCCCAGAAGUCAAAUCCCUGCUACUUUUGUCCCUCAGACAGAGCAAAGCAAAUGCUCACGGUGUUUCUGGAUGAGCUUAAGAAGAUUUCAGCUUUUGCUUCAGAUCUUUGGCAGUCUGCUACACAGCUCUCUGCCUCUGCUCUGUCAUGUGUGGAGACAAUCGGGAAGUGUUCCAGCCACUGCCUGAGCUCUCUUAGCAGGAAGUACAAACACAAGACAAAUAUUCAUUGUCUUGUGUCUUUGGCUGUUUGACUUGAUUGAAUGCUGUGUGAAAUUUACACCAUGAAAGCACUGACUUAUGAUUUUUUACCAGUACAUACUGUGAUGCUGAUUGGUGUUGAUCCAUGGGACAGAGUGGUGUCUUGUUCCAGACAUUCACAUCCUGGCAAGCUUUGCUGUCGUGGAUUCCAAACGUUUAUGGGAAGCAUCCAAACUAGGUUACAUUCCACUUCCAAAAAUAGAAUCAAACUAGUCAGAGAGCAUCCCGUUUUUAGAAAGGGAUCUUAUUCAGAAAACAGCAACUGACCUGCACUUGUAUAGUGCUGUUGUAAUUCAGAGGACUCCAAAGUACUUCAGACUACAUUCAGUCAGUCACUCACUGAUGGUGAUGAGUUGUCUCAUGGCCACAGCUGCCCUGGGGCACACUGGCAGGAGUGAGGCUGCCACACAAGAGACACCACCGGUUCACUCCAAUCCACCAGCAGCAGUCACCACCAACUAUCUACCCAGAUGGAGUCUGUGUUCAAACCGACAACCCUUGAAGCAAACUUGCAUUCGUUGGUUAUCUUAUUAAAACAUUUAUACAUCUACAGAAUGGUGAUAAAAUGUACAUGCAAUGAAAAAUAUCUUUUAAAGCAGAAUAGAUGGAAGACUAAAUGAAUACGAGGACACCAUCAAUUCCCACAAGUGCUAUUUUGUUUAUAGUGUGCCUGAGUGCUUGGCUAGAAAAAUGAAUAUUUGAACAGUCGGGUGAGAAAUACACAAAUCAGCGGGAAAACCUGAAAAAAAAAAUCUGAAGUGUUCACAUCCAGUAUCAACUCCUCAGUAUGGGAAACAGCAUCUGGGAGGCUUAAAACCCUCUAGAAGAUUCUACAUCAUCACCACCACCUGGGCUUGGGCAGUGUCUGAAUUUUAACUCAUUCACUGCCAGCCGUUUCCUGAUCGGAAAGCCCCUGGCUGCCAGCGUUUUUGAGCGUUUUUACUGUUUUUUUUUUUGAAGAGUCACAGAACGUUGCACUCUACGAUCUCGUAAACGCCAAAACUUCCAAAAGAAACAGGAGACUCACUUCUUACAUCGGGAAGAAUCAGCAUGCUUCUAGCGUUAUCUGUUCUUUCUAAAUCCGUUAACGAAAUGUGAGAUGCAGAAGCUUUGCCGGUUCACGCCUCAUUUUUUUCAAACAGCGUCCCAAAAUGAUCUCCUAAUUCAUAGAUUUUCUGCUUCCUGAUCACGUGACGUGUGACAUACGCAGAUGAAGAUCAACUUAGAGACGUGAUGUUAAUUCUCACGGUGCGGGGACUUGUUCCGGCGCCCGCCCUGUAAAAAUAUAUGUAAUUGACUUUAGUCAUCUAUCGCGAUGAAUGAGUUAAUACCGUCCAGCUUCCUCCACACUCUAGCAUGGUGUACGGUAUUACUGGGACUAAUAACAAAAUAAAAAAGUAAGCCUCAAGUGGAAAUACCAAACUGUUGGGUUGGACCUUUGCCGUUCAGAAACUGAAUAACAAACACAAUAACUAAAACAACAACAGCUAACACACAUAAUAUUAGCAACUAUUAAAAACACAUCUUACAAAAAAGAUUUUUCACCUGCAAACCCAGCAUGCUCACUUUUUCCAGCUUCAACAGAGAACGUUGUGGAAGCUCAUUUCCACCAAAACCUUGUGUUAGUAACAGGCUCCAAACAAGGCUGUUAUUUUAGCUCUGACCCGCUCCUCUCCUGUGAUGACGGACCUGCAUCUUUUGUUUGCAAUAAAGACCUCAUCAGUGUUUACUGGCUCUCCUUUUAAGUUUGCGUCGAACCCAAAAUACUCCCAAACCGCAGAAGUUAUUUUCUUUUAGACGCCAAGUCAGCUGGUGUGGGAGCUGCCAUUCUUCUCUCGGUGCGUCUCCCACGGUCAUGUAAUGACAUCACGCUCUUCAACUUUAUGAAAAAUCACUAAAAUUUGGACAAAACUUUUAAAACAAUUGAAUUAAAACUGAAAAUUCAACCAUGCAUCCGUUUUAUACAUUGAAUUGCAUUUGUUUAUCUUUUUUUACUUUUUAUUUUAAAAAAUCCUUUAAAGUUUUUAAAAGGUAGGUGGAUCAUUGAAGGAUAGCGUUGGUCAUCGGGGUUUAAGGCUUGGAAAAAGCUGGAGUGCUGCUGUAGUUAUCAAAAGUUAAAUGAAUAAAUAUUACAAUUAUAGUUAGAAAGAUGUCUUCAAACCAAAACAUAAUGAAAACAUUUCAUCUGCUUUUUUUUACAGACAAAUAGAAAAACAAACAAUACCGCAAAGGCAAUAAAAAAAGUCAUUCAAUUCACUUUUCAGCUGCAAAUCAAAGUGUCAUGUUUUUCAUCCUUUGGAUUCACAAAAAGGAACCAAGGGCAAUCAGAGAGGGAGAGAGAAUAUCACAUAUGGCAAUAAAAGAGGACAACUCUGAGGUACGCCAAGGGCAAUAAAUCAAAGACACAAUAAAUAACAGAAAUUAAGAGGAAAUUGAAACAGAUGAAACCAAACAUCACCCAAGGUCUUUUCAAAGUAACAUCUGUUUGACUGCGAGUGAAUCAGACCCUCCAAAGUAAAACGUCACUGCAGUUUCCUGAAGUGGGUGAUUUAUCCAAAAGGUGGAAUGAAUAUAAGCUGCUGUAUUUGUAGUCUUGUGUAGGCAGUGGUUAAUAUUAUAAGCAGGCUCUGACACAAGUGAGUUCUUUGUUUUAAUAUGCUCGCAUCAUGAUGUAAUAGCCCACACAGUUAUCUGACAUCUGCUGUUAACUUGCAGAUUCUCAUUUUACAUUGAAAACAUUUGAUUUGUUUAGGCUGAAAUGUAUAAAAUUAAUAGUAACAUUAAUUAGAUUUGGAAUAAAGACUUUAAAGAUAGGCUAUGAUUAGAGUUACUGUAUGUUUCCUUAUUAUUUAGCUCGUAAAGGGACAUUGCCGAUAACCUGGUAUGUGUUUCUCUGGAAAGGGUGUAAAGAAUUAGUAUGUUUCCUGAAGCGUUUGGAGUAAUAGAUUAGUUCUGACAGGAUCAGCAUGCUAAGGGCUAGCAUGAUGGAGCUAAAACAAUGUGGAUUUCAUUUCAGCUGAAAUAGUGUCUGCAAUAGUUAGAGCAGGCAUAAGGCACCAAGUGGCCAGUGAGGCACCAACCACUCUGGAUUAUUAAAAAAAAAAUCUUUGGUGAGACUGUGAGAUGUAUUUCCCCUGCUCGAACACCCGCUGUCAACAACUGUGUCUUAUGCAAUCAAAUCCUUAUGUUUGGUGGUGUAACGUCCAGCAAUGGUCAGUUUAGGUACUGUUUGACCAUUCAACAUCUGGUCAAAAAGGAAACACGAGACUGCACGUACUUCCUUUAAAUCAGCAUGCCUUCCUCACACCAGCUGGAGUCAGAGCCUGCAGUUCUGACAGAGAUAAUGAAAUCAUAACAAUAACAUUCUCUCCUACCAAGGUCCCUUCACAGAGCAACUCUUUUAUAUAACUCCUUGCUUCAAAGAAGAGCAGAAGAAAAGAAGAUUUUUAAAAUUAAAUAUGAACUUCUGAAAUUUACAAGAGAUAAUCAUUAAAUAAACAUUUGUUUAUUGCUACUUAUAAUAAUUAUAAAACAAUGAAAUGUUUCAUUAAUCUGUGCUCAGUGAUUGUUUAGCAUGUUUACUUGAUGAGGUCAUCACCAUUUGCACUUACACAAGGACAAAGUUAAACGCAUGACACAAUUAACCUUUCACCCAGAUCAGAGCCUCCGGAUCAAAGUAGACGUGUUUCUGAGAUUCUUGUUGACAUCCAAACUUGUCAACUUUUGGUUGGCUGCCCAUUCAUAACAUCAUGACAUUAAAACUGGAUCACUCUCUGGUUUUUCUUCAGUUCAAGAGUUCUAGAGAAAAGCUUCAGACCGGCCAUCUGUAGCAAAACCUCACCUGUGAAGCUGAUACAACAAGAAAGUUCCUGCAGAACAGGCUUAUAUUGUUUAGACUCCUUAAGAGCACCAGUUGCUCAGUUUCAUCCAACUGUCAUGCCUGCAGAUGACCCUGGACUGACCUGGUUGUACUGGAAGUUAGUCUACGGACUUCGGUACCAGGGUCUUCGACCCCCACCCCCGACAUCUCGGAUCCAAAAGGGCGUCUCCACUUGGAGAUGCAGACAUGAGGCAUCAAGAGGGAGAUCGAAACUGCCAGACCUGCUGACUCACAUCAGGUGGAGGACCAGACCGUCUAGAGUGCCAAACAUCACAAGUGCGAUAAAUAACCUUGAAGCCUUUUUAAAUGUCCCAGGAGAACAGGCUAAACAGGAGAAGGCAGACAUUUGUGCACUCCAAAGCUAGAAGUGGAGUUUUGAAGUCCCCCAAGAGAAAAACAAAAAAUGGCACUGUAGUCGAUCUUUUUUUAUGGUCAAAACAACACACACACAACAAAAAGCUCGUCGCCUCUGACCUCACUGGAUGAACACCUGGACAGCCGCCCAACACAGAUGCAAGCUUGAACGCUGAAUACUGAUACAGAAGGAAGAGACCCACUGGAACACUGAGUAGCAGUGAUUGAGUGGGCGGUGGGAACCCCGCCACGGAUAUGAGUGAUCCCAUUUCAGAAACAUUUAAAGUCUAUGUUCCAUCUGGCAGGAGAUGUGGCCAAACACCAACCAGCGGCACAGGACUGCCUGGCUCAGCGUUCGUCUUGGGAUCUUGUUUCCAAUGGCUUAUUGGAAGGAAAUGGGAGGUUCAGACCUCAAACCACAAUUAGGGACUGUUUGCAGCUAGCAAGACUUUACUUCCACACACUGCAAAGGACCAGACCUUUAUCUAGUUCUUUCUUUAGCUCUACUUCUAUUCUUCAUUUUCUCCUUCCCUUUGGUAUCCCCCUUAUACCAAGAAUCUCCUCUCUGCUGAGUGUGUCUCUUCCCACAUUGCGUUCAUGUAUCUAGGAAUGGGAAGAGUGAAUUGAAACUACGAGUCUUUCAGUUGUCAAGAGUGUCCAUCUCUCAGCGGAAUGGGGGGCCCAGCAAGGGCUCUUCUUGGCGGGUUUGGCACCACCACCUCCUCCCUGGAGGUUGGAGGUCGGAUAGGUUUGCCAAGCCACAGCCCCCUGGACCUUAACCUAACCCAGCCAUGGGGAACAGGAGGCAGCAGUGGAGGUGGAGGUGCAGCAGCCAUGAGUUUAGGGUUUGAUAAUUCUACCACGCAGGAGUCCGUCACCAGGACUGUGAUCAAGGAGAAAAACUGGCCGGCGCUGCUUAUACUUGUGAUCAUCGCGUUAACGAUUGGUGGGAACAUCCUGGUGAUUCUGGCGGUGUCUCUGGAAAAGAAGCUUCAAAAUGCCACCAACUUCUUCCUGAGGUCACUGGCUGUAGCAGACAUGCUUGUAGGCAUCCUGGUGAUGCCCAUCUCCCUCAUCAACAUCCUCUAUGACUAUGCCUGGCCCCUACCCAGCGCCCUGUGCCCGAUCUGGAUCUACCUGGACGUGCUGUUCUCCACGGCCUCCAUCAUGCACCUCUGUGCCAUCUCCCUGGAUCGAUACGUGGCCAUCCGUAACCCCAUCGAGCACAGUCGCUUCAACUCCAGAACCAAAGCCAUGAUGAAGAUCGCCGCUGUCUGGACCAUCUCCAUAGGUGUGUCGAUGCCCAUCCCAGUGAUUGGUCUCCACAACGAGGACAAGGUUUUCGUCAACGGCAGCUGUGCCCUCAAUGAGGAGCGAUUCAUGCUGAUUGGUUCCUUUGUGGCCUUCUUCAUCCCACUGGUCAUCAUGGUGGUGACGUACUGCCUCACCAUACAGGUGCUCCAGAGGCAGGCCACAGUCUUCCUGCAUCAGGCAAGGACUUCUUCCCAGCAGCGUUUGAGCACACCAGCAAUCACUCUGCAGCCUCCUUCGAGCCCAUUCCACCUUCCUCAAAUCAAUACCCUCGCUCCCCCAGACCCACAAGAGCUGAAGGCCCCUCUCCCUCAGAGCAGGCGCAACACCCUGAGCUGCCUGAAGGGCACAGAGCCCAGCACCCUGCUCAGCGCCUCCACCUCGGACAGCCUCAGCAUCAUCCCCAGCUCAGAGGUGGCGUCACAGCUCAGUUCUCCGGCCACCGGGCCGGGGCGGAGCGACUCCUCUGGUUGCCAAGGGAGACGGGGGAUGAUGCAGGCCAUAAACAACGAAAGGCGGGCUUCAAAGGUCCUGGGAAUCGUCUUCUUCCUCUUCCUCGUGAUGUGGUGUCCUUUCUUCAUCACCAACGUCACCUUCGUCCUGUGCCGCAGCUCCUGCAACGAGCUGCUUCUUCACGACCUCCUCAACGUCUUCGUCUGGGUGGGCUACAUCUCCUCUGGGGUCAACCCUCUGGUCUACACCCUCUUCAAUAAGACCUACAGGAGGGCGUUCUCCAACUACAUCAGGUGCCGGUACAGCGCUGGGGGCAACGCUGCUGGACAGGGUUGCAAGACCCUCCUGGGUCCGUCGCAGUGCCCAUCACACUCCGUCACCCCUCUCCUGGUGGGAGGUCAGGGUAAGGCAGGGAUGGACCGCAACAGUAACUGCCGCAACGGCGGCAGGGGCGACAACGGGAGGCUGAUGGUGGACCCGGAGGACACAACAGACGAUGGGACGCAAAUCGGAUUAGUGUCACAGAGUCUGUCUGAAUGCCACAACGCCGGCAUGCUUUCAGAAACGGAGCCAGAAACAGAGCUGGAGCAGGAGCUGUCGCUCAUCAGCUACCCUCCCUCCACAGAACACACUAGCAGCGUGUGACUGCAUGCUCUCCUUUUGUCCCCUCGUCUUUUAAAACCCGGUUGAGCCGCACUUUGGUGGGCUGGCGCGGGUAGACUACAGCCUGUUCACCGGGUACUCCUGCUGCAGAAGGAACGGUCUUAAUGAGGAGCCUCAGGAGUGAGUUUAUCUACAAGGAUCCCAACGGAAGGGGAAGAAAGAAGGAAAGGAAACCAACAUUUCCAUUAUGUCUUGGUUGUUUUUAAUGUGUCACUGAAAGCUCUGCACACAGAUGAGCUCAGUGAUGAAAAGGCAUCUGCUUCUUCGAGGUCUGAGGUAAAAAUUCAGACCUAGAUGAAGUGAAAAACAAAGGCUAACUUGAAUGAUGUCAAGUCAACCUUGUAUGCCAAGCAGGUGUGAAUUCAAGCGGCUCUUCGUGGAGUCCCACUGAAGCAGGUCAGAGUGGAGCCCCAACCACGAUGCCACCGCAGUCCAACCACGACUUCCAGCCCUCAGUCAAUCACAGCUCAGCAGAGGGCAGACUCACUCUUACGCCAGUCAAGCUUGACGACAGCAGUCAUGAAAUCUGUCCCAAAGAACCUUUUCGUACCAUUUAGCUGACAGAAAUGGGACGUUUCUGCAAAAGGAAACGGUGGAAAGGCUGCAGUGAAAGUUUUCAUAAAGAGAACAGAGAUGAAGGAAUGUCCAACCACUCCGGUGGACUCACAGUGCCAUCUAGUGGUCACACACAUCUCCUCUGGGUUUGACCAAGGAGACGAGAAUAGAGCUAAAAAUAAGAAACACUUCUGCUGAUCCCUGUGGACACCUAAUGGAGAAUCAAGCUUCCAAAUGUUUCUACUGAAAAAGUUUCAGAUGUAAGAAUAAACCGUUUUUGAUAGAGUGCACAACUAUUUUACUGAUUGUCUUUAUUAGGAACAAAACAUGACUUUUUUACUCCAGCUGUUCACCUCCAUUGUUGAUGACUCAUUAGCAAGAUCAUCCUUUGUCUUGUUCUGUCUCUCUAUAAGCUAAGCAUGAGCAUUCACCGAUUAGUGCGAGCUAGGCACAAGAACGACGUAAAAAUGCAAUAUUUGUACCUUUUCUCUCAUCAAAUAGCUAUUUCAGUCACUAAAGCUAGAGUUCAUUUAAAAAGAGUAGAAUACAAAAUCAUUGGAUGCUCUGUUCUAGAUGGAGAAAAAGACACAAAUCACAGUUAAAAUCCACAUUUCAUCAGAUUCCACGUUAGAAUAUUCCCAUCAUCCCGAGCUUGAAUCCCACAUCAUUUGUAUUGAAGGCUUUUCUGACAGUGAGCCUCUGCAUCUCUUACUUUUUAAAUAAACUGGGAUUUUCACCAGCCGCUGGUCCCAUUUCUGAUCACAGAUUCAUCCGCUGCACAUUUUUGUGUAAAAUGUGUUGAUCAGAGACAUGAGGUCAAUCAAAAAGCCUCCACAGCUCUUGCGUGUUUUGCGUUUGGGUGGAAAUGAAUAAUUCUAAAGACAAUCAAAUGAUUAAAGCAUUACUGCAACACGUGGCCUGGUGAUCGUUUUGGAUUCUAGUAAGAAAAAAUACAAAUAUCUUUAGAUAGAUGAUGUGUUUGAACAGCUGGCUGUGUGCAGACUAUUGGACGUUGUAGAGGAGGGUAUCAUGUGGGAAAACCAAAAACUGAAUAAAAAAAACAUCUAAAACACAGGUGCUGGUCAUAAAAUUAGAUUAUCAUGACAAAGUUGAGUCAUUUCAGUAAUCCCAUCCAAUCUUCUAUAUUAGAUUCGUUCACUACACACAGACUGAUAUAUUUCAGAUGUUUAUUUCUUUAAUUUUGAUGAUUAGAUCUGACAACUAAUGAAAAUCUUAGAUUCAGUUAGUCAGAUUAUUAGAAUAUUUUGACAUGGUUCAAAUCUGGAAACCCUGGUGUCACACUAAUCAGCUAAUUAACUCAAAACACCUGCAAAAGCCUUUAAAAGGUCUCUCAGUCUAGUUCUGAAGGCUACACAAAGACUGCUGACUUGACAGUUGUCCAAAAGACGUGCAUUGACACCUUGCACAAGGAGGGCAAGAGAUAAAAGUUUGCUGCGAAAGAGGCUGGCUGUUAACAGAGCUAUUAAUGAACAUAACAUCUAUGAUAGCUUCCAGUCAGGUUUUCGUAGAGCUCAUUCUACUGAAACAGCUCUUCUUAGGGUCUCUAAUGACCUUCUGACUCACAGUGAUGCAGGGGACUGUUCUGUUCUGGUCCUGCUGGACCUGACUGCAGCCUUUGACACUGUUGACCAUCACCUGCUACUGGAGAGGCUGAGAGACUGGGUGGGCCCAGCAGGAUCUGCUCUGGAGUGGUUCUCCUCUUAUCUGUCUGAGCAUUCCUUCUCUGUGGCCGUCUCCAAGUUUAGGUCCUCCACCACCUCCCUCCUCCUUUGUCUGCUCCCUCUUCAGCACAUCCUGAGCUCCUUGAUGACAGCCAACUGUACAUCCCCCCUUAAGCCCCAUGAGAUGUCUAAGCUGCAGCUGUUACACACCUGCUGUCAGGAUUCUUGGUGUGACCUUUGACCCAGCUCUCACGCUGGAUUCUCAUGUCCGUUCUCUUCCAUCUCAGGAACAUUGCUAAGCUGAGUCCCAUUCUGUCUCGCUCUGAACUUGAGACAGUUAUCCACACCUUCAUCUCCUCGCGCUUAGACUACUGCAACUCUCUUUUCACGUGUCUGAGCAGAACCUCCCUGAACCGUCUGCAGGUGGUUCAGAAUGCCUGUGCUCGGCUUCUGACCAAGUCCUCCAAACACACCCACAUCACCCCGCUUCUCCUGCUUCACUGGCUGCCAGUCAACUUCAGGGUUCAUUUCAAGAUCCUGGUUCUGGUCUAUAGGGCCUUACAUGGACAAGCACCAUCUUACAUUGGUGAUCUUCUUAGUCCCUACACCCCCAGCAGGUCCCUGAGGUCCAGUGAUCAAAGCCCACUGGUUGUGCAGCACCAGGCUAAAGACCAAAGGUGACAGAUCAUUUGCUGCUGUGAUAGUCUAAUAUUCUGAGAUAGUGAAUUUGGGAUUUUCAUUAGAUGUCAGUUAUAUUCAUCAACAUUAAAAUAAAUAAAUAUUUGAAAUAUACCAGUAUGUGAGUACUUAAUGAUUCCAAACCGCAAGUUUCACUUUUUGAAUGGAAUUACUGAAAUAAAUCAACUUUGUCAUCAUAUUCUAAUUUUAUGACCAGCAUUUGUAUAUUUAGAAUCAUAAAUAAACAUCUGAUGCUUGUUCUGUUGGUCAGUCAGCCAGGGCUCCAUGCAUCUCCAGUCUGCAGAGGGGUUAACAGCUGACUGGUCCAAGCAUAAGUGCUUUGGGAUAGAAUAGGAUGCAGCCUCACGGCACUGAAAGUGCACUGGAGCAAGUUUCUGGAGUGGCAGUACGUUUUCUUUUAAAAUGAAUGACUUCAAGCCAGUACCAGCUAGUUCUGGAAACAAAAUAAAACAUCAAAAUGGAAAGAAUGAGUCUGGUAUGACAGAUGUUAGCAAUAGCCAGAACUGGCCUAUGUAGCAAAAACGGGGGCUGAACCUUACGAAAGUUUAGCUUCUGUUCAGGAAUCCUCUUUUGGGAAGUGAUUUUCUUCCCGCUUGGCUCUCAUUGCAUGCAGAUGAACAUCUUGUAAAGCUUAUUUUUGUUAUUAUUUGUCUAAACUCACAAGUUCUUUACAACACCAAAAUUGGUAAUCCAUAUUUUUAAACUAGCAGUUUAUUGGCUCUUACUUGCAGCACCUAUACAUAAAUAUUCUUAUUUUAGAAACCCUUUAUAUCUAACCUGGUCAUGUAAGGCCUCUGACGUGACCAUUGCUUGUUGUCCAAACCUUGAUGCAGUUUAGUCACAAAGUGUCUUAAUUAUGUUCAAGUUUGUUUGUUAGUAACCCCAGCUUUAUUUAAGUUGUUCACCCGGCUUGAAACUGGCGGGUUUACGUUAUUUGUUCCAUUUGUUUUCUCAUUAAAAGUCAAAAACAGCAAAGCUGUGUACCUUUAUCAUCAAGUAAAAUAGAAAAAUAACAGUUCAAAAUGAGAGGAAACAGAAAACAAGGGCAAAAUGACCAAGAAAAGUGUCGCAGUUUAAUAACUACAUGUUUCCAGUGUGUCUGUGUGUACCAGUGGCGCUGACUCGAGCUGCUGCCUGAGAUUGAUUUUCUGCUUUGUAUUGAUUGUGAGCAGCACAGCGAAUUAAAUCGAGACCAGAUAGAUGACAGCAAUCACUGUGAAGAAAUAUGUGGAACUGUUUACAGUUAUAAUUUGAUCCAGCUCGGGUGUGUGCAGAUGUCAGUAGUCAUUUGUUGGGUUUUCUUUUACUUUGAUAGUUUUUUUUUUUUAGUUUAUUGAAUUGCACUUCUAGAGAAGCUGCAGAAAUGAAGGCUAAGAUUUUAUCAUCAAUAGUCUAUUAAUUUGAUGACCACUGUUAGAUCAGUCAGCUCUCAAAAGCGAGCUGAAGGUUAGGCUAACUUAGCAUAAACAGUAGAAGCAGUGAGAAAAAAAACCCUUCUAAAUAUUUCAGAUUAUUUAUCUGCAAAAGGAAAAAAGUUCAAGCUGUUUGAUGUUCCAAUUUUACUUUAAGUCAUUAUAAUUGUCCACAUUUUAAGUUUAGCGAAGCAAUUUGAGCUUUUAAGUAAAGGCUAAUCUUAGCUAGGUCUGGUUUUCAGUUUUGCAAUUUCUAGUUGAAACUCACUAAACUAAUAUUGCUAAAAAAUGCUAAAAUUCACUAUAAAAUGUGGUAUAGAGAUUUUUUUCUUUUAAAUUAUGGACUAAAUCUAAUGUAUUUUAAACAAAAACAAUCCCAUAUCAAGGCUAAAGCAUAGGUUUAAUGCUGGCAUAGCUUUAGAUGGGACGUGUUUAUGAAAUUAGUGGGUGUUUCUCAAUGCCAAGGAACCUCGCCUUGAUGUCUUGGUCCCGCCCCAGUUGCCUAGAAGAUAUGGCAUCAGGAACCGCCAAGGCAUGUUCCAAUGUUCAUGUUCUAUCGAGGCGUCUGUUCUCCGUUUGUUAGCCGUUUAGCUAGCUGACCAUGUAUACAUGGGAGGUGGUUUGUAGCCUGGCCUUCUUCAGUAUUUUCAAAAGGAUGGUGGUUCAGGAGCCGGCAGCUACUUCGGGAGAAAAUUUCCAGCUUGAGUUUAAGUCAACCUAUUGUAGCUAUUCGGCUGAUAUCUGAAAUGUUUUUUUUUAAUCCAAAGACGUUAUCUAUGGUUGGUUAGUUGCUUAGUAGCUGCAGCUUCAGUGGCUAGCAUCCAGUAACUCGCUUAUAUAUUUAAUUUAACAAAUAUUACACAACUUCAAAAGUAAAAAUCUCGUUAUACAUUUAUAUUGAAACUUAUACGUAUAAAAUAUAACGUCACCUCACAUGUCACAUGACCGCCGCAGCUCCCGCCACAUCUGACGUGACACAAGUCUGUUCCAUUUAACCAUUUUCUUUGACCAAGGAAGGACAGUGUCCUUGUAAGCAAGACGCUUGACUUUGCAUGACAUCGCCUUGCGAGGUCAGACGCCUUAACUUUGAGAAACACCCGGUGUGUCAGAAGAAUUAUCUUGCAACACCUGGGCCUCAGAACAGCCUCAACCUUUGUUGUUUUAAAAUAAAAUUAGUAAAACACGUAAAAGCUUAAUUUGAGGAGGAAUGUUAUAAUAUAAUAUAAUAACAAUCACUAAUCUGUAAAUUGUCAAAACAUUAGCAGGCACAUGUAUGCAUUUUGUGUUACAGGAUAGUUAAAUUAAUUUAGCACAAAUGCUAACAAGUUAAUUUUCUUCACAAUGAAGCAAACACAUGGAUUUUUCUUUUUUUUUUACUUUUUAGUAUUCUUGUUAAAAAAAAAAGAUGGUAAUGACUACAUAAUGUCUUGAUAUAAAUGCCGAAUAAGAUACAAGAAUGAUGGAUAAGUAAAUUUCAGCAUGGCCAGUGAGAUGCUUUAAACCUUAAUCCGGUAUUAGAACAAACUCCUAAACUUUAACGGUUUAAAUUGAAGUAGGUUAGCACUAAGAGGGUUACAUUUGGCAAUCCAUCAAGCUUUUCAUACGUUUAAAUCUAGCUUUAUUCGUCCACCCACCAGGCGAUUCUGUUAUUAAACUGCUCCGACACACACCCAGAGCAUGACAAAUCUUCACAGCACCUUCCUGAGACAAAAUCUGACAUCAGCCUCCUCUAGAGGCUCAUUUGUGCUGACAGAGACCAACAGGCAAGGGUCAGUGAAGUCUUCUGUUCUCUCUGCCAUUUUAACUGUGAAUGUUUGUUUACGACGCAUCUUGCUGAUGUCAUACUAAGAACAUUCCAUUAUCAUCCACAGAAUGUAUAUUUUCUUUUUGUGUGAUGCUGCAAUUUAUUUAUUAAAACAUAACUCUAAUGUGUG